CCCUAGCGACCACGUCUACGAACGGUUCUCUCUCACGAAGGCGACUUUGUCUUGCAGCUAGCGGUGGCAAUUCCAAGCCAAUGCUAUCAUCGCCGUCUAUGAGCGCCACAACUAUUACCCGAUCCCAAAACCCCUUCAAUUUUGUCCUCCACCACACUUGCAAUUUACACUCUCUCUCUCUCUCUCUCUCUCUCUCUCGCUUCCCUAAAUAAUGUAUCCUUUCUUCUACUUCAUUUUCUCUGCAAAUUUACCAAAAAACCGCAACCUAACUGCUCUGUUUGACUGCCGAGAAACUUAGAGAAAGAGAGACGAAAGUGAAAGAAUUUCGCGUCUUCUUUAUAGUCAUUAGUCAUUUAACUAUCGGGAAAGCCCCACUCGAAAUUAUAGCGAACAAAGCCACUGUUUUGAUUUUGAUGGACGGGAGCUUUACUAUUACUAUUUUACUUUCUUCUCUUUUUCCCUAACUUUCUCGGCAGCCAAACAGGCGGAAACCGCUUUGUUCUGAAGAAAUGGCCUCCGCGUACUCAUUUGCUCCGUCGACCGAGCUAAAUUUUCCGUUUUCUUCGUCGUUUUCGCUUCGACGGUACCGAUUUUUAGAUUCUCGGGUCUAUCAGAGUUCAAGAAUUUCCACCAGAAUCGGCUGUUAUUACCGAAACCCUAGCUUCGUGGUCGCCGCGAGACCGAGCAGAGUCCGAGAAAUCGGGCCCUUCAAGUCGGUGGAGCUGGACCGGUUCGUGACGAGCGACGACGAGGACGAGAUGAGCGAGGGGUUCUUCGAGGCGAUCGAGGAGCUGGAGAGGAUGGUUAGAGAGCCGUCGGAUGUGCUGGGGGAGAUGAACGAGCGGCUCUCGGCGAGGGAGCUCCAGUUGGUGCUCGUCUACUUCGCUCAGGAGGGGAGGGAUUCGUGGUGCGCGCUCGAGGUGUUUGAGUGGCUGAAGAAGGAGAAUCGUGUGGACGAGGAGACAAUGGAGCUCAUGGUAGCGAUAAUGUGCGGGUGGGUGAGGAAGUUGAUUGAGGAGGGGCGUGAGGUUGGUGACGUGGUGGAUUUGCUGGUGGACAUGGAGUGUGUGGGGUUGAAGCCCGGGUUUAGUAUGGCGGAGAAGGUGAUAUCUUUGUAUUGGGAGAUGGGUGAGAAGGAGAGGGAGAGAGUGGUUUUGUUUGUGGAGGAGCUGUUGAGGCGUGGGAUUGGUGUUGGUGUUGAGGAUAGUAAUGGAGAGGAGGGGCACAAGGGUGGCCCAACAGGGUAUCUUGCUUGGAAGAUGAUGGUUGAGGGUAACUAUAGGGAUGCGGUCAAGUUGGUGAUUCGUCUUAGAGAAUCUGGGUUGAAGCCAGAGGUCUACAGCUACCUCGUUGCUAUGACAGCUGUGGUUAAAGAGCUGAAUGAAUUUGCCAAAACUUUACGUAAGUUGAAAGGUUUUGCGAGGAGUGGGUUUAUAGCUGAGCUUGAUGUAGAAAAUGUUGAGCUUAUUGAAAAGUAUCAGUCAGAUCUUUUAGCCGAUGGAGUACACCUGUCUAAUUGGGUGAUUCAAGAGGGAAGCUCUUCACUUUCUGGGGUAGUUCACGAGAGGCUCCUUGCAAUGUAUAUUUGUGCUGGUCGGGGACUGGAGGCUGAAAGGCAGUUGUGGGAAAUGAAGCUUGUGGGCAAAGAGGCUGACGGAGACCUUUAUGACAUUGUUCUAGCAAUCUGUGCUUCCCAGAAAGAGGCCAGUGCCAUUGCACGGUUGCUUACUAGAAUUGAGGUUACAAGCUCUUUGCGCAAGAAGAAAAGCCUAUCAUGGUUGUUGAGAGGUUACGUUAAAGGAGGACAUUUCGAUGAUGCUGCAGAAACACUAAUUAAAAUGCUUGAUCUAGGCUUUAAUCCGGAGUAUUUGGACAGGGCAGCUGUGUUGCAGGGACUAAGAAAACGGAUCCACCGAUCUGGAAAUAUAGAAACUUACCUUAAGCUUUGCAAGCGCCUUUCUGAUGCGAGUUUGAUUGGACCUUCUCUUGUUUAUCUCUAUAUGAAGAAAUAUAAGCUGUGGGUCAUGAAAAUGCUUUGAGAUUUCUAUUCCAACGUAUUUGAGAUUGUUGAUUCCGACCUUUCCCUAAAGUUACUUUGGCGGUCAAGAUUUUAUAGCACAAGCACUUUUUCGCUGGGUGUUUGCAUGAUAAUACGAGCACCAAUUUAUGGGUGCUUUUUACAUGCUCAUUCUGUAUAGGUUGGAUUGCUUUGAGCUGCACAAAAGCCUUGGAUGGACCAGUUCCGAGAGGCGAUUGAUAGUGAAAAUUAGGAAUAAAGUUAUGUCCGUCUUGUUCUUGGGAACAAACGCUGUAUAUAUGGUGGCAGUUGUAAGCAUGACAAUAAGGCUUCAGCACAAUGUAAUUAAUUCAACUGCAUAUAAUUACUACAGGUACUUUAUUAUUGCA